AGCUUCCCCACCCCUUCCAAUAAGAAUGACCUCUGCGCCUUCUUCCUCUUCUUCUUCCACCGAGCACCACUUCGUUGACAUCCAUCCGGUGCUGAGCGACGGCAACGAUAACGUUAACAGGCUCAGAGAGCGCCAGUCUUCCAACACGGCCGUCAAGUUUCGAAGAGGAAGUGGCGGCGGGGGAGGGGACGUCGCGAGGACACAACCUCAGAUGUCGACGUUUAGCCGGCAGAUCUCCCUGGAGAGCGGCAUGGCGGUGUUGAACAUGGAGAAGAAGAACGUCAAGGGUGGAAGCAACAGCAACACCAAAGAGGAGCAACGGGUUUUGUUGCGGAACGGGAAGAGCUUAGGCGGUCUUAAUGUUGCCGGCGGGGACGCUGGCCAGAGGAAAGGAGAUUUCAGCAUAUUCCGGACGAAGUCGACGCUCGGGGCGAGGCAGAAUUCCUUGAUGCCAUUGAGAAAGGAGAACGAGCCCGAUCUGACCCACGGCGAGGGCGUUCCCGGAUCAACCGGAGCAGACGAGAGGGUCAACAAGAGCGUCCCCGCAGGAAGAUACUUCGCGGCUCUUCGAGGGCCAGAGCUGGACCAAGUCAGGGAUUCCGAGGACAUCCUCCUGCCCAAGGACGAGGUGUGGCCGUUCCUCCUCCGAUUCCCGAUCGGGUGCUUCGGUAUCUGCCUCGGCCUCGGGAGCCAGGCUAUACUGUGGGGAGCCCUGGCGUCGAGCCCGGCCAUGGCGUUCCUCCGCGUCUCCCCCUACAUCAACAUCGCCUUGUGGCUCCUCGCUCUCGUCAUCCUCGUCUCCGUCUCCGUCACUUACACCCUCAAGUGCAUCUUCUACUUCGAGGCCAUCCGCCGCGAGUACUUCCACCCGGUACGGGUGAACUUCUUCUUCGCGCCCUGGAUCGCCUGCAUGUUCCUGGCCAUCGGGACACCGCCGAGGUGGGUGCCGAAGCAUCUCCACCCGGCCAUCUGGUGCGCCUUCAUCGCGCCCGUCUUCGUCCUGGAGGUCAAGAUCUACGGGCAGUGGCUGUCCGGGGGGAAGCGCCGGCUGUGCAAGGUGGCCAACCCGUCGUCCCACCUCUCCGUGGUCGGAAACUUCGUCGGGGCCAUUCUGGCGGCCAAGGUGGGGUGGGGGGAGGCCGGUAAGUUCCUGUGGGCAGUCGGCCUGGCGCACUACGUCUGCGUGUUCGUGACCCUGUACCAGAGGCUGCCCACCAACGAGGCUCUGCCCAAGGAGCUGCACCCCGUGUACUCCAUGUUCAUCGCGACGCCGUCGGCCGCGAGCAUCGCGUGGACUACCAUCUACGGGAAGUUCGACGCCGUGUCGACGACAUUCUACUUCAUCGCCCUCUUCCUGUAUUGCUCACUCGUCGUCCGCAUCAAUUUCUUCAGAGGAUUCAAGUUCUCGGUGGCAUGGUGGUCGUACACGUUUCCGAUGACGACGGCUUCGCUCGCCACCAUCAAGUACGCGGAAUCGGCUCCCUGUUUCGUCAGCAGGGGCCUGGCGUUGAGCCUCUCGCUCAUGUCCUCCACCAUGGUGUCUCUGCUGUUCGUGUCGACGCUCCUCCACGCAUUCGUCUGGCGCUCCUUGUUCCCCAACGACCUCGCCAUCGCCAUCACCAAGAGCAGGAACGGUGGAGCGAAGGCGCACGGCAAGGAGAAGAAGGCCGACAGGAAAGGCUACGACAUUAAACGCUGGGCGAAGCAGUCCCCGCUCUCCCUCGUCUCCUCCAUCAGAAAGGGAAACUCCGCAGAUAAGGAUUCAGAAGGGAAGUGAAAAUGGUGGUCGUGAUAAUAAUACUAUGCAUGAUAGGGAAGAGAUUGAUAUUGAGGUCAGGUUUCUGAAUGUUUAUAUUAUUAUGUUUUUUUUUGGGGGGUCUUUUCUGGGGGUGAGGGAAGAGAAGCACAUAAUUGUGAUCAAGAAAAAGACCUAUUGAAAUAGAACAAGACAUGACAGUAAGCCAUGCAUCAAAUGUUGUACCUCAAUGAUGAUUUAAUGACCAUGAAUAGCCUGGAAGCAAACCAGAGA